UGGUCGUUCUGGAAGGACUCUAUCUGUAAACCAAAGCCAUGGGGAAGGACUACUAUAAGAUCCUUGGCAUAACUUCAGGCUCUAAUGAGGAUGAAAUCAAAAAGGCCUACAGAAGGAUGGCCCUAAAGUUCCAUCCAGACAAAAACAAGGAUCCCAAUGCUGAAGAGAAGUUUAAAGAGAUAGCAGAAGCUUAUGAGGUUCUGAGUGACCCAAAGAAGAGAGUCAUCUAUGACCAAUACGGCGAGGAUGGUUUGAAGACAGGUGGCACAGGCUCAUCUAGUGGACAAGGGACUACAUAUCACUACACCUUCCAUGGGGAUCCACAUGCCACCUUUGCUUCUUUCUUUGGAGGUUCCAACCCCUUUGAUAUAUUCUUUGGCUCUGGACGCCAACGGGGAACCACCAAUGGCACUAAUGUCCAUGGUGGCGAUCAUGACAUGGACAUUGACAUGGAUGGAGAUGAUGAUCCUUUCAGUUCUUUUAGCCACUUUGGCUUCAAUGGUAUCAAUGGUUUUCAUCAUGGUGGAGGUCGAAGACAUCGUAACGAGCCUCUUCAUGGUGGCCGUAGGAAAGUACAGGACCCUCCAGUAGUACAUGAGCUUAAGGUGUCUCUAGAGGAGAUCUUCCAUGGAUGUACCAAGCGGAUGCGUAUCACUCACCGAAGACUGAACCCAGACAGAAAGACAAUGAGGACAGAGGACAAGAUCCUUAACAUUGUCAUCAAGAGAGGCUGGAAGGAAGGGACCAAGAUCACCUUCCCCAAAGAGGGUGAUGAGACACCUGAGAACAUUCCCGCUGAUAUUGCAUUUGUGCUCAAAGACAAAGGGCACCCACUCUUCAAAAGAGAUGGAUCCAACAUCGUUUACACAGCCAAGAUUGGUCUUAAGGAGGCAUUGUGUGGCUGUACAGUGAACAUUCCCACCAUUGACAACCGAGCGAUCACAUUGCCCUGCAACGAUAUCAUCAAACCAGGCACAGUCAAGAGACUGCGUGGAGAAGGCCUACCUUUCCCAAAAAAUCCAUCUCAACGCGGGGAUUUGAUAGUGGAGUUCCAGGUGCGCUUCCCAGACAGAAUACCACCCCAGUCCCGAGAGAUCAUCAAGCAGCACCUGCCACAAUCUUAGAGGAAGUUCAGUGGAUUCACUGUAUGGUUACAUUUUUCAAACACACCGUUUUCCCCCCAAAAAACAGAUGCUGAAUUCGAAGAGGGACAAAUAUGUCGUAAGGACCAGAGGCUCAUUUGAUAUUUUGUUACAGUUUUACCUAAUUUAUUAACACUUUCUCUGAACAUGUGGAAUGUUGAUUUGGGGGAUUUUUAAGUAGUUUGUGUUUAUACCGAGGCUCAUGACUUUUCAACCAGGAUUAAAAAAUGUAUUUUAUUUUAUUUAUUAUUUCCCCUUAACAUUUUUUAUUCUCUUUGUCAACAUGUUGAAGUCAAACACUUACAAGAAAGACAGGAUGGAUUUUUUGGAUGAAAGUUUAAUAUUUUUGGCUUAAUGAUGGAUAUGAGGAUAAUCCAACAACAGUUGGCCAUUGAUUCUGG